ACAUCUCCAUCCGUCACACACACGUAGCGUCGCUUAUCCAUCAGGAUGAAGUCGAUGGUGGCAACCUUGGUCGCCCUCGCCGCUCUCGUGGCAAUCGCCAUCGGAACCGGCGAGGCCGAGUCGGCGGCGGCGUGCAACCCGUCGCAGCUGACGCCGUGCGCUGGGCCGACGCUGUUCGGCGGGCCGGUGCCGCCGGCUUGCUGCGGAGCGCUGCGGGCGCAGAUGGGAUGCCUGUGCGGGUACGCGCGCAGCCCCAACUACGGGGCAUACAUCCACAGCCCCAACGCCCGCCGCCUCUUCGACGUCUGCCGCAUCCCCAUGCCGCGCUGCGCCUGACGAGCUAUCCCGUACCUCCAGCUUCGAGAGCUAGCCGUCGACGCUCCUGCGUGGGUGCUGUAACGUACGGACUACGGAGUAGCUAGGUAGACACAUGCUCUACACAUGAAUAAACGGACAUGUCAAUA